GAGUGUGCAGCUUUUUGAAAGGCUCUGGACUGCAUCUGGGAAGAUCGAUCCAUCACACGACAGACAGAGAAACACCACCACACACACAGACAGACAAACAGGCGCCAUCUGCGGUGCCUGGCAUGUGAAUGUGUCGUCUUCCCCUCUGUCGUGUGCCCCCGUCGACGGUCACAGACCGAGAGCAUGUAGGUGCCCUGGGUCUGUUACGGUCGAUAUCGACACAAAACAGUGGAAGAUGGACACAGACACACUUGCACCGGCAACGUGCUCACAGGCAAGUACUAGCUAGUCUCUUCUCUUAUCUUCCCAUGCGUCCGUCGGUUUGUCUGCGUCGCUUGGUGUCGUUCCACUGCCGCCUGCCAUCGACUGACCACAGGAAGGUGACACCACCUGCGCCAGACGAUGACCAACUUCAUUGCGACGACGCCAUGCCGCGCAAGACAAGCGCAACGCGACCCAAACGGCAUUGGUUACGACAAAGGCUAUCGUACAUAUACAUAGGCAGAGACACACACACAGAGCAACAUCUGACUCAAGCAAGUCUUUCCUUCAUCCACUGCACUGCUCGGCAACACCAAAGGAAGCCCAAAAGAGGGAGGGGGAUUGGGGAGAGGCCCGCGCAUGCCUCCCUCCCUCACGCACCAACCAACCAACCAACCAGCGGCCAGGCCCCACUCGAUGACAACACAACCAUCCAUCCAUCCCUCUGUCUGUCUGUGUGUCUGUCGUGAAUUGAUGGCGUCCAUGCACUGCACUCACACAUAGGGAUUGAAAGGACCACAUACGCCAAGGUAAGGCAUGAAAGCUCUUUCUCGGUUGCUAUCUAUCGGUCGGCCAGACAGACAGACACACACACACAAAAAAGAGAGAGGCCCAUUUCAUUUCCGCUGCACGCUUAUGACGCACACCGGUCGGUCAAAAAGAAAACGACAGACACCAUACAUACAGACAGACCAACAGAGAGGAAAAAUCUAGACAUCCCUCCCUCCAUCCAUCCACUGCCGCACCACGUCGCGUCACUCACUGACUCAGCCAUAUCGAUCUACUUUACAGCCCACCACCACCACCCGCCCCGCUUACGCACGCACAAAAGCGACACCGACACCCCAACUAGUCCAUCCAUCCGACCAUCCAUCCAUGUGUGAGGCUUAAAUGUCUGCCUGUCCGCUGCUGCUGCUGUGGUGGUGGUGUGCGUGGCAGUGCUUGGCGGCCGCCUGCUUCCACGACCGGAUGAGCCACGCCGACUUGCGGGCGCCCUUGCGGACAGGUGUGGCCGGCUGGGAGCCCUCUGAUGCCUUCCACUCGGCCAACAGGUCGCGAAUCCUGCACAAGUAACAGCAGCACACAGAGACAUGUCGGUCCGAGCCUGCCCAUCCCUCCUCCUCUCUCAGCAGCUCCCUCCCUCCCUCCCUCGCUCCCUCGCUCCACACACUUGUGGCUGAUAUCGGUGGUGAUGUAAGUGGUGGAGGGCAGCUCCUCGGCCUGCUUGGCCCCCACGCCCCACGUGCACCCUUCUGGCCUCUGACCCUCCUGGCAGCCCUCGUGUCGGUUGCAGCAAAAGGGGUUCUUGCUGUCCUUGGCGAUCGUGAAACUCUCCCUCCCUGCACCUGGUGCACCUGCACCACUGGCACUGGCAGUGGCAGCGGCGGCAGUUGUGUCGUUUGGCUGGAUGUCGGCGCCCUCGGGGUGGUACCAGCAACCGUCCGACGGCAGGGGCGUGGCGGGGAAGGUCGACAGAGACGGCGAGGACGUGCCGGCCGAAGAAGCCGGGCGGAGGGACUCGAACGACGACUUACCAGCGCUGACAACACGGUGUGAGAGACAACAGGCUCUGUGGGGAGAAAACACUCGCCUCUUUCUUUCUUCUGUGAGUUGCCAGUCAGUCAGUCUCACUCACCUGUCGUCUUGCAUCUUGCGCAUAUUCCACCCCCUGCCGCCCCCGUCUUGCUGCCCCUUUCGCUGCCCCAGACCGCCAACGCACGGGAAGCCGUACGCACUCCUGCCCAUCUCCGACGCGGGUCGUGAGAAGGACGGCCAUGAGGUGCCGCCGCCGUUCGUGUGCAGAGUGGGCAGCGGGGUGGUGCGGGCCGUGGCGCGGCGGGGCACUUCGGGCACCUCCACCAUGUCCAUGUGUGGGUGUGCUGUCACGUUGACGUCUCGCGGCACCACGGGGGUGCCUUCGAAGGGGCCGCUGCCGAAGCGGAAGGGCUCGUGGCCGAUGCGGGCAGAACGACUGACAAACCGGACGGACAAGAGAAGGGAAAACAACAAAUGAGCUGAGAGAUGCAGCGAGAGGGAUCUCUCCGAUAGCUAUGUGUGCGUGCGUACCGUUUGCGGCUGGUGAUGGGUGCGAAGUGGUCCACAUCCAGGUCGAACUCUACCGUGUUGUCCAAACCCUGACCGACCUUGGUGGCACUGGUCGGUGGCUUGGUGGUGCCGGUGGUCGUGGUGGUGGUGGUGGCCGCAUCUGGCUGAUGGACAGUUGUGGGUUUGGGCUGCCAGGGCAUGCCCCAGAGGGAGCCUGCGGGUGCCGCUGCUCCUGUCUUGGCAGUGGUAGUUGCAGGUGGUGUGGCGGUCUCCUUCGGCGGUUCCCACGGCAUGCCCCACAACGACCCGUUACUAACAGACAGACAGACGGAUGCAAGCCAGAGAUACCGAACAGAGACAAAAGGGGUGUGUGUUUGUGUUUGUGUGAGUGUGUUUGGUAGGUACUGUACCCGUGUUCGAUGGUUUGUGGUUUGUCGAUGGGGGGCGUGUCGACAUCAGCGGUGGUGUUUGCGAUUGUGUUGUCCUGAAGUGAGGAAGGACAGGACGCGGCAUCAGCAUGACUGUCAUGGUCAGUGCGUGAAGCGGCCUGGCGGCUGAAGAGUGCCCGAUCCAGGGAUACAACUGUGCUCACGUUCAUCGGCAACAAAGAAGCCUUCUCACACCUGCACACACUCACACGCAGACAGACAGACAGACAGACUCAGGCAUGAACUCACUCACGUCAGUGCAGUGCAGGUCUGACUGACAGGCCUCCCUCCCUCCCUCGUGUGUGUGCAGAUCCUUUUGCUCACCGGUCCUGGCCGCCUGUCGUCUUGGUGAUGGUCACCGUGGCGCCCUCGACGGACCCCGGCUUCAUGUUCAUGUCAGCGAUGAUGCGGGCCAGGCGCCCCUUCUCCGCAGCAGCCUCGUGGUCACCCUCACUGGCGCCGCUGGCUGUGUCUGUGGUCGUCGCCGCGCCCUCCUCAUCACUGGUGGUGCUGUACUCGUCCUCCAGCUGCACAGUGGUGCUGGUGGGCUUCGCCCUCUCUUCUGCCAGGUGCUGCUUCAUCUGCUGCAAGACGUCGUCGAGGGCCGCCAGGUGCUCCUCGAUGCUGCUGACCAUCUCCUGCUCGCGAUCCAGCUCCGUGGCGAUCUUGCCCUCCAGCGUCUGCAGGCCGGCCAUGUCAUGGCUGACGUCGGGGUCCAGCUCGCCGUCCGACAGCUCCGACGAGUCGCUGAGGUGGUGCUGGGUCUCCUCGCCACGCAGCAAGUCCUCCAUCUCGGCUUGCUUCUCGAUCAAGACCACCAUUUGGUCCUCCCUGGCGUCCUCGAGGUCGCUGCGGCGCAUCUCCAGCUCCUCGGCUGUCCUCCUGGCCUCGGCGAUGGCGUCGCAGUCCUUGGAUGUCUUGUCGAGCGAGUGCGUGAGCCGCUCCAUCUGGCGGAUCCAGUCGCGCACCUUCUCGUCGGCCGCGUGGAACGACUCCUCGGUCGACUCGAUGGACGACUCGAGCUCGGAGGCCUUCUUGUGCAGCUCCUUGAUCACCCACGGGUGGUGGGCCGCCGGCUCGUGGUCAGACUCACUCACCGAACUCUCAGCUUCUCCCUCGGACUCUGUUGCGGUGGCCGUCACUGUGGUCGCUGCCUCGCUGCCGCUGCUCGUGGUGGUGGUGAUGGUGCUGGGUGGCUUUGCGCGCAGGACGUCGGCGUCCUUGACGGCGUCCUCGAUGUGUGCGAGUGCGCAUGCAUGUGGGUGCUGGUUGUGGAUGGCGACGGUGAGGUCGUCCAGCUGCUGGGUGAGCUGCUCCCGCCAGUGCUUGAGUCGCUUGUGGAAGCGGUUGGAGCAGUGCCAGUGACGCGCCAGACGCCACGUCACAUUCUCAGACGUCACCGACUGAUCGAUCAACGAAUGAAUGUAUCAUAUCAAGGAAGAAACCAGAUAGAUCCACAUCAGCAACGAACGCACUGAUGAAUGAGUGGGUCUAUCUAUAUGUUGUGAGGCUACUGAACUGACCUGCAUCUCUUGGUUGACGAUAUCUCCGAUCUGUGCCAUGUCUGUGUCCGUGAGGCCCUUGCCCUCCUCGAUGGUGCCGCGCAGCUCGCCCACUCGUGUCUUGAUGCUCUCGGUAAGGUAUGCCCCGAACUGGUCCAGCUCCCUCUCGAACACCUCGGGCCAGCCCUGCACGCUCUCAUCCACCUUGCCCACGGCUGACUCCAGCUGUGCGAUCCGCUCCGUCAGCUGCUCCAGGGUCGUGAGGAUGGGCGAACCGUAGCCGCUCAAGGUCGACUGCACAGUCGUCAGCUGGUCCUGCACCAACACCGACUGGCGAGCCAUACGCUCCGCGUAGUCCUGACCCAUCCCAUCAUGACACACAGAGAGAGAUGAGCAUUCAGCUAGGGAGGUAUUUCCCCCUCUCUCUAUCUGUCUGUGGGAUGUGAUGGGAUACCUGAAUGCGAACGAGCAGGUCAUUGGCAAGUUUCUGUUCCCGCCUGAUGUGGGCCGUCUCUUCCUGAAUCAUCUGCCUCACGCCCUUCUCGACGGCCGCCACGUCCACCGCCGCCCCGCCAGCCUUGCUCGCCUCCUCCAGCCGACGCAGCGCCUCAGCCGCAUGAGCCGAACGCUCCAGCAGUGUCUUCUGCUGCUUCUCGAGCGUCUCCAGGCGGCCGUCCAUAUUUAGGAGGGCGCGCUUGACGUCCGACAUGCCGGCGAAGAAGGCCCGCCAUGCGUACGCCCCUGCGUUGUGGUGCGAGCGGGACUCCUGCCGCAGCUGGUCGAUGCGCUGCUUGACGCCCGUGCAGCCGACCGGCACGGGCGGCGGGUGCUGCGGCGCCAGGGGGAGCGGCUCGUUGGCGGGCAGGUGGAUCGUGUCGGACACAGGCCUGUCGGUGGCCACACUCUGCAGCGCAUCCUGCACGCCCUUCUGGUGCACCAGCAGCUUCUCCGUCUCAAUGCCCUUGGCGUUGACACCAGACGCCGUCGAGCCGGCCGCUGCAGCGGGGUGGGCGGCUCCACCUCCAGCCACCUUGGGCUGCCAUCCUGCGGGCUGGGUCCAUGUCGUGUGUGUCGUUGUCUCGUGGGCAGCGGGGUCGGUCCAGGGCCGCCAGACCAUGCGCGCGGCGCUCCAUAGCUUGCCCGGCCUGUCCUUGCCGAAGUGCUUGAUGACGUUGCGCGCGUAGAGCUCAGAACUCCGCCCUGGCAUGACUCACUGGCGGGCAGCUGAUGCGAUGCCGGUCAAGUGAAAGCAGCUCAGGCCAGGAGCUUUCGACUUCUCUGCCACUCCACCACGCGCCGUCAGCC